CCCCAUUGGUAGUUAAUAAGUAAGCUCCCACAGAAUGGCUGAAGAUGCCCACAGGAGCGUUGGCCUCUGCUGCUGGGUCACACAAAUGAUCUGUUUCACCGACUUCCAAGUGCCACAGAUGGCUCCUCUGAACCGAGUAGAGGAGUUAAAUGCGGAGUUCAUUUAAUGCAAACUGGAACAAAAUCGAAAGCUAUAUCCAAAGUGGCUCAGGCAAACUUUUAAGCAGACGCCGUAUCUGGACACAUUCCAGCUGGUGACAGGGCAAAAGUUCUGAAGAAGUUACUGACGGGAUUGUUUUCUCUGUCUGAAAUGGACCCGGAACACGGAGGUUCUGGGGAUCAGCUCCGCCAUCUGGACGUUGCCGUUGAUGAGCGUGAACCCCGGAGAGGAAUCUUGGACCUUCUGAGCAAACUCCGUCCUGAGUGGAAGACACAGCACAUUCAGAUGAAGAAAUUUACAGAAGGCAUUACCAACCAGCUGAUUGGCUGCUACGUGGGCUCUCUCCAGGAGCCCGGUUGUGUUCUGGUGCGACUUUACGGCAGAAUGACGGAGCUCUACGUGAAUCGCGAUCGAGAGGUGGAGAUGUUCCAGGUCUUCAAUGCGCAUGGCUGCGGGCCCGAGAUAUACUGCAGCUUCCAGAACGGCAUCUGUUACGAGUUUGUCCGAGGAAAUGUGCUGGAAGACGAGCUGCUGCGACAGCCGUCCAUCUACAGAUUGAUUGCAGCCGAGAUGGGAAAAAUCCACUCGAUCCAGCCAAAACGUGGCCAGACGACAGAGCCUCAGCUCUGGGCGAAGAUGUCUCAUUUUCUGACUCUGGUGAAGAGCAGCAUCACCAGGAAUCCAGCUGAGCAGGCGUGCACUAAAAGCUCCUUGCCUCUUCGAGACGUGCCGAGCUACGAGGUUCUGUUGGAGGAGAUGGAGUCGCUGAAGAGACAUCUCUCCCAGACGGACUCGCCCACCGUCCUCUGCCACAACGACCUUCUCACAAAAAACAUCAUCUACAACUGUCAAGAAGGGUCGGUGAAAUUCAUCGACUACGAGUAUGCUGACUACAACUACCAGGCCUUUGACAUCGGGAAUCACUUCAACGAGUUUGCUGGUGUGACUGACGUCGACUACAGCCUGUACCCGAGCCAGGAGCUGCAGAGGGACUGGCUGACCGCCUACCUGGAGAGCUACAAGCGCAGCACGGGCCUCAACGUCACGGUUACGGACGAAGAAGUCACGAAGCUCUACGUUGAAGUCUGCAAAUUCUCUCUUGCAUCCAACUUCUUCUGGGGUCUUUGGGCCAUCCUGCAGUCCCGAUUCUCCUCUAUCGACUUUGACUUCCAAAGGUACGCCAUCGCUCGACUCAGCUACUACUUUGAGAAGAAAGAAGAAUACUUCGAAUUGACGCUGAGCCAGUUAACCAACUAGACUAUUGAAUUAAACCUCGAAGCGACCUCCCUCAUCCGCUGUCAUUUUUAUCUUUCAUUUAAUUUUUUACAGGCUACGACACUCAAAAAAGCCGUUUCUGAAACGUAAACGUAAGGAGCCAGCCUGUAAAAGUGUUUCCUUUUGUUUGUUAUUUCAGUCCAUGGGGAGAUUUAAUGUGUUUUGCUAUCGCCGUGAUUUAUUGAAUAUUUAUUUUACCACAGUCACUAUGCCGAUAAGCCUGUUUGGCAAAUUGAAACAAAGCUCAUGCCAGAAAAGCAUUAAUUGUUCCCACAGCCAAGUUGCAUGAAGCCACAAAAACUGAGCCUGAUCAUAAAAGCCAUAAGAGGGUUAUUUGUGGGCUUAUUGAGCGUGUACCACAGUCCUGAUGGAAAACAAGUUUUCAUGUCAGCUUAGUCAAAGUUGGAAGUUAUUGGGAAAUCUUUCCGUUUCCUCAGAGCACACUGUAAAGCAGCUGUCGGCACCUUUUCCAGAGUUUCCCAGCUGUAGGUAGCGCAGCACUUCCUUUGAAAUGAGUAGAGCAUUGUUAAAGCGUUCAAAUUGUCUUAACUCGCAGCUUAACAAACUGCUAAUUUACCAGAAGGUAAACAAAUCGGAUACGAACUGAGCGCUUGAAAUUCUUGUGAAACACCGAACGACACGGCAGCACAAGUCAUUUGAGGUAGUUGCAUCUUUGACGGUUUUUUAUUUUAUGUUUUAUAGCCACUUCGAGAAGAGAAAGUCGCCGUGGUUGAGCUGAUUCCUGUUUGCUGACAAGUUGGUAUUCACACCACGAAAACUAUAGCUUUCAAGAACUAGAUUGAUGCUACAAUUAUAGUCUUUUUUUUUUCUGUGUCAGAAAAUGCUUAUCAUUAUGUCUAGUGCCAGAAAAUUAGCCCUAAAACAUUGUUUUUAUUGUUAUGCUGUUAUGACUCGCUCUGCAUUUAGAAAAAACUGGGCAGCAGAGCAUGAACCGGCUUGAGUCGUGAGUCAUUCGGAUAAAUCACAGUUGAUUUAAAUCACAGUUGAUUUAUCCGAAUGUCUCACAUUCUCCAUUUAUUACAGAGAGCAACUUAGGGAGGAUUCAAAUAUAUUUAUGCUAGGAAAAGUAAUUAAAGAAAAAGUUAGCUAAAGUUGCAGAAAUCUGUGUGUACUGCUUGCAAAUUACAUUUUUUUUUGUAUUGUUUUCUUUCUCUGGUUUAUGUUUUUGCUAGAAAUACAAUGUGAUGCUAAAGUAACCAACUGCGUUCUAAAAGUUGAUCAUCCCUGUUUAAAUGUCUUGGUUUUAUUAUUUUGUUUCAAAACGUUUUCCACCUGUAGCGUGAUCUUUAUUUAGAACGAUGCAAUUUUAAAAA